AUGGCUGAAGAGGAUGUCCAGCCCCUUGUGUGUGAAAAUGGCACCGAAAUGGUCAAGGCGGGUUUCGCUGGUGACGACACACCGAGAGCUGUAUUUCCUAGCAUUUAUUCGAAUAACUGUGUAGUGAGUGACAGGAAUCUUUCUGCGGGUAUUGUGCUCGACUCUGGUGAUGGUGUGAGCCACACCGUCCCUAUCUACGAAGGGUACACGCUUCCUCAUGCUAUUCUUCGAUUGGCCCUUGCUGGUCAUGACCUUACCGACAACCUGAUGAAGAUCCUUACUGAGAGGGGUUACUCCUUCACUACGACUGUCGAGCGAGAAAUUGUCAGGGACAUCAAGGAAAAACUUGCCUGUGUUGCCCUUGAUUACGAACAGGAGCUGGAGACUGCCAGGACCAGCUCCAGUGUUGAGAAGAGCUACGAGCUGCCCGAUGGUCAGGUUAUCACAAUCAGUGCAGAAAGGUUUAGGUGCCCUGAGGUUCUAUUCCAGCCAUCCUUCAUUGGCAUGGAAUCUGAUGGCAUCCAUGAAGCCACGGACAACUCCAUCAUGAAGUGUGACGUCGAUAUCAGAAAGGAUCUGUACGGUAAUGUUGUCCUCAGUGGUGGUUCCACUAUGUUCUCUGGUAUUGGUGACCGCAUGAGCAAGGAGAUUACUGCACAUGCCCCUAGCAGCAUGAAGGUGAAGGUGGUUGCUCCGCCGGAGAGGAAGUACAGUGUUUGGAUUGGUGGUUCCAUUCUGGCCUCCCUCAGUACCUUUCAGCAGAUGUGGAUCUCCAAGGAAGAGUAUGACGAAUCUGGUCCGGGCAUCGUCCACAUGAAGUGCUUCUGAAUUUCAGGAGCAGUAUAUUUGUUGCU